AACUUCAAUAGAUUUUUGACAGAAUGGAACGUAAAAAACAUUAUCACGGAAUUAUUUACACGGGAUCAUUUUUAGAAGCUAUUUGUCCAAUUCUGUUUGCUUCACAAGUUUUGGGAAUCUUUCCACUGAAACGUAUUCGACCAAGACCGUCAACGAAUUUUUAUUUCACUUGGUUUUCAUAUGCAUCUGUGGUUUGUGUAGUGUUUAUAUUUUGGGAUCUCGUCGUAAUUCUAUCACACAUUCUUUAUACACGUAAUUUUAAAAUCAAUGCUGACAUAAUUUCCACCACGGUUUUCUUUGGAAUGGGAGUUCUUAUUUAUGGAGUCUUUAUGAGAUUGUCCAUGCGUUGGGUGGAAAUAGCCAACUGGUGGACUGAGAAGGAACAACGCUUCCUAAGACCUCCGUACUUAACAGAGAACUCGAGAAAACUUAAAAAGAAAUUAAUAACAGUUGCUAUUUUGAUAGCUUUUUUAGCUACUGCAGAACACGGUUUGUAUCAACUAUCCGAUAUCUAUCUUUAUACAAAAGUUAUCGGAGAGUGUAAUGUUACCAGAGGAUUCCAAAGUUUUUUAGUUAGACGAUUUGAAUAUGUCAAUAAUUAUAUACCAGGAAUUAUUUCAAUGAUCCUAUCUCAGUUUGUGAGUUGGUUUGCAACGGCAGCAUGGAACUUCUUGGAUUUAUUCAUCAUAGUCAUAAGUAUUGGAAUCUCAACACGCUUUGAUCAACUAACUGUGGCCUUGGAAAACCAUUUGAAACACAAUAUUCCUGAUUCAAAAACAAUGUUGAGAUUUCGAUUGGAUUAUAUUACAAUUUGUGAGAUAUUGGAGUAUGUUGACAAUCAUAUGGGAUUGAUUGUAUUUUUAUCGGCGGCUAAUAAUUUAUUUUUCGUAUGCAAACAACUUUUGCAUGCUUCUAAUGUUUUAAGAUACUAUACGGAUUAUGUGUAUUACUGGUUGUCAAUGAUGUACUUAAUCACAAGAACUUUUUUUAUGUUCUUUUCGGCGGCUGGUAUUAACGAUAGUGCUCGAGGUCCAAUAGUUCUGCUACAUAACAUCCCACAGGAGUAUUGGAAUGAGGAGAGUAGUCGAUUGUUGUUUCAAAUUAAUUCUUCAACAAUUGCAUUGACAGCAAUGGGAUUUUUUAGUUUUACUCGUAGGAUUAUUUUAACGAUGGCUGGAGCAAUUGUAACCUUUGAACUUGUUAUGAUGCAGUUUGUCACUCCUGUCAAUAAUUUGGGACCUUUGUGUCCUUGAAUUCUCUUCACGAGACUAGAUAAUGCCAUAAUGGGCAGGUUCAGUAAACAUAAGGGACUUAAUUAACUUCAUUCUUUGAACGCACAUUUUGACCAUGGCAACUAGUUAGUUUUUCAAGUGAAUUGAAUUUAAAAUUCAGAACUUUACCUUAAAAACCCUUUCCUUCAAGUUCAUAGUACAAAAACUAAAAAAUCAUUAUUUUCUACAAAACACUCCUCAGGCAAGCUACAAGUGCAUCACGAAUUGUAUUUUGUAUUUUAAAGAAAUAUUACUUAUUUCUUUUUCAAACUUUUUCGAACUUUUUUACAGAAAGCAUUAAAAAUGAAGUUGUGCAGAAAAUAAAUAUAUCAUUGAGUAAUAAACUUCAGCUUUUAGUUAAAUUAAAAAACAUGAUCAAUUGUCAUUUUGACAUCAGUUGACUUGACUUGAUAGUUAGUUAGAUUUUUCUUGACUAACUUUCCAGUCAACUUCCCAAUAA